AUGGGCUUCAUGGGGAAGAUCUCGGGCAUGCUUGCCCCGGCGCCCAAACAAGCCGACGACGGACGCGAUCAAUGGCCCUCCCGUACAGCCUACCUCCUCGCCUCGUGUGGUGGCGCCGUGGGCAUGGGAAAUAUGCUUCGAUACCCAUCCCAAGUCUACAACAACAACGGUCUACAAUGGUUCGUUCCCUAUCUUAUGGCCGUCUUCCUGCUAGCUAUCCCUGCAAUGGCACUUGAGAUUGCGGCUGGUAAUGCCUACCGUGGCGGAACGGUCGUCGCGUAUAACAACAUCAGCAAGAGAAUGAAGGGUACUGGCUUUGCGCUCAAUUAUGUCGGCUUCGUGGUGGUAAUCUACUUUGUGCCUAUUCUUGCUUGGGCCAUGGUGUACUUUCAAAAGUCUUUUUCCAGUCCAUUACCUUGGGCUGGCGACACCGAGAACUGGUUCAUGUAUGAGGCUGUGGGUGCCGUCGACCCUAAUAAGGAUGGUCGAUGGGUCGUCUACCCUGGUGUUUCUCUCGACGGACGUCUUGUCGGUUGGAACGCUUUCACCUGGUUCAUCGUCUGGCUCUGCAUGUUCCGUGGUGUUGGUCUCACCGGUCGCGUUGUCUACUUCACCAUGGGUCUACCAGUCAUCAUGGCCAUCGUUCUUAUCGGCCGUGGUGUAUCUCUUCCCAACGCAAGCGAAGGUAUCAAGAUGUAUUUCGCCAGCUGGCACAGUGACAAGCUCGCCGGUACCAAGAUCUGGCGUGACGCCGUCGGGCAAGUCUUUUUCUCAACCGGUGUCGGAUUCGGAUACUAUACAGCCUAUGCUUCUUACAACCGCAAGUUCUCCAACGCUUCUCAAGACGCUGUCAUCAUCGUCAUCUUCAACUGCUGCUUCGAGGCUUUGGCUGCUUUCGCCGUCUUCGGUAUUGUUGGUUACCUUGGAAUGAAGCCUGAGGAGACCGGUGAGAUUGGCAGUUACGGUCUCGGCUUCAUGACAUACCCCCAAGCAUUCGUCGAGAUGCCGGCUUCCAACUUCUUCUCUGUCAUUUUCUUCUUCACCAUUAUGCUGUUGGGUAUCAGCUCUUCCUUUGCCAUGCUUGACGCUGUUAUGACUUUGACCAUGGACGCUCCUUUCGCCAAGCGAUGGAGUCGACCUUGGGUUGCCACCGCCAUGGUCCUCAUCUGCUUCCUCCUCUCCCUUCCUCACUGCACCCAAUUCGGCUACUGGUUCAUGGACGGUAUCGACCGAUGGAUCAACAACAUUGGUCUCGUCUUUGUCGUCUGGGCUGAAUGUGUUGGUGCUACUACCUUGUACCGAUACCAGGAUGUUGUUGGCCAGGUUGGUAUGCCUUCUUGGGCUUCAUACAACGGUGGCUUCCUUGGCGGUCAGCUUAUCGGUAUCAUCGUUGGUCACACUGCUACUCCCUGGGCUGGCGCUAUCGCCGGUUUCGGUGUUUACUUCAUCGGUCUUGCUGCCUCAAUCGUCCUCGCGAAGACACCCGAUGCCUAUGGCGGUCCCCGACUCAUGACCAAGAGCAAGAUGAUGUCCGUUUUCUACUACAACGCCUUCUACUCGGGCAACAUGCUCCGCCACGACCUCAACACCGUCAUCGGUGUCGGCAAGAACUGGUCCCUCCCCUUCGUCUGGGCCCCCAUGCUUCGCUACAUCUCUGGCCCCAUUCUCGCCAUCAUCUUCAGUCUCGCCUACCCCAGCUUCGACGAAGUCAGCAACGACCCUCCCUACAUCGUUGGUUUCAUCGUCGCCCAUUGUCUCCUCCUCUGGAUCGUGAUUGGCUUCAUUUUCCCUCGCUGGUAUAACAUCUUUAUUCAGCACGAGCGUCGUGAUGACUGGAAGCAGCCUUAUGCUCCCAACCAACUUCGUGGUACCACUGAUGGACAGGACGUUGGUAACACUGAGGCUGCUAUGUCCCAGGAUGCUGGUAUGUCGAGUGAGACGUCAUCGAAGAAGCAGAGGCUGUGA